AUGGCGUGUGUGUGUGUGGGGGGGGGGGGGGGGGGUCCGCGGGCGCGGCCUGCGCGGCGGGGAGCGGCCGGGGCGCAGCCUCCCCUCAGGGGCAGGGCCGUUGGCGGCGGCGGCGGCGGCUCCGCGGCGCGCGGGCGGCGGUUCGCGCGCUCCCCGCUCUUUCUAGGACACGGCAGCGGGGCCCCUCCCGCUUCCCUCCGCCCCCGCCCGGCGGGGACCGGUGCCGGGCGGCAGGUUGGAACUUUAUGGACAUGGACUCAGGGAAACAUGACAGCAAAAACAUUGUUUUCAUGCAAUAUCAUAACAGCAUUUCUGUCUUUAAUCAUAGCAGAGAAAUGUGGAGCCUAUGAUGUGGCGUUGAGGCACAGUCUUGUGCCUGCUGGGCAGCCUCUCGCUAUUGAAUGUUCUCUGGAAAAGAGCUUGAAUUUUAAAAGUGGAGACUACAAUUUAACAUGGUAUAAAGUUGGUAACCAGACGUCUGUGCCUAGAGACAAACUUUCUAGAAUUCAUCAGCAGAAGAGUUUAAUUUGGUUUCUCCCUGCAAUGUUAGAAGAUUCUGGAGAUUAUGAAUGUGUCAUAAGGAAUUUGACAAGCUGCAGAAAAAUGUAUACAAAAGUAACAGUGUUUGAGAGGGUUGACAGUUUAUGCUUAAAUGAAAAAUUUGCUGUAGAGGAGGUGAUAUUCACACUAUCAUCUGCAAGGGUUGUCUGUCCACACUUGGAUUAUUUCAGGAAUGAGAAGAAUAUGCUACAUGUUCGUUGGUAUAAGGAUUGUCAGCUACUGGAAGGGAAAAGGUUUUCCUCCUUAAACAGUGAUCUUGUCAUUUUCAAUGUAACUUUACAUGAUAAAGGAAACUAUACAUGCGAAACAUCAUAUACCUACAAUGGAAAACAAUACAACAUUUCACGAGACAUCAGUCUAAAUGUGGAAGUGAGCCCACCAAAAAUGCCUCCAGAAAUAUCUUAUCCAAGAAACAACUCCAUUGAAGUGGAACUUGGCUCACAGGUUACAGUGGAUUGCAAUGCAACAGGUGCUGCUGGAUAUGAGGUGUUUUGGACAGGCAACGAUAUGUAUAUUGAUGUCUAUAUGAGCAGAAUUUUUGCAAAGGCCUAUGAGGAAGAAACUUCCCAUGAUGGACGCCCUGUGCUUACUGUGAAGCUAAUAAUAUCAGAAGUGCAUGAUGAAGAUUAUGAACAGCCAUUUGUCUGUCAUGCUUCAAAUGCCUUUGGGCAGGUUGCAUCCUAUAUCAUAUUGAAACAAAGAGUUCUUGAUUUACGGAGAUGGCUGAUUGGAGGCCUUAUCACUUUAUUGCUUAUAACAGUCAUUAUUUUAAUAAUCUGCAAGAUUUUCAAGAUUGACAUUGUACUUUGGUAUCGUAAUUCAGGUUGUGCUUUUGUAAGGAAGGAAGAUGGGAAAAUAUAUGAUGCGUAUGUCUUGUAUCCAAAAAGGAAUGGAGGCAGCAGCUCCUAUCCUCUGGAAACCUUUGUUCUUAGAAUACUACCUGAUGUUUUGGAACGACAGUGUGGAUAUAAUCUCUUUAUAUUAGGAAGGGAUGAUUUACCAGGGGAAGCUCUGGUCAGUGUUGCUGAUGAAACCCUGAAGCAAAGCAGAAGACUGAUGAUUAUUCUGGGAUCAGAAACAUCUGGUUGCUGCCUGUUAGAAGAUGCCUCUGAACAACAACUAACUAUGUAUAAUGCUCUCAUCCGUGAUGGGAUUAAAGUGAUUCUUAUAGAAAUGGAUAAAAUACAGGACUACACCAGCAUGCCAGAAUCAAUCAGAUACAUCAAGCAAAAACAUGGGGCUAUCCAAUGGAAAGGAGAAUUCUCAGAGAAAUCUUGUUCCGCAUAUACAAGAUUCUGGAAAAAUGUACGCUAUCAAAUGCCAUCCAGAAAAAGUGUCUCUUAUUCUGAGGUAUAUUUUUUGCCACAAACUUUAAACAGUUCUCCAUUGUAGAGAAAGUAAGAUGUUCUUGGCUUAAUAAUACUAAGAAGGUAAUUCUGAAAUGUAUGUUUCCUGCACAAGUUCUGUGUAUUACAGACUGGACUUUUUGCUUGAGGAGUACAAACUACCCACCUCUCCUAUAAAUUACACCUUAAAACAAAAACUGGGCAACUUUAUUUCUGUUCAGGCUAUGGAUAGCAACAAAAUUUGUUGUGUUAGUCUCACGCAGAUAUGUGAAAUAAAUGUUGCUGAUGGUGGUAGACUGUUGUCCAUAUAAAUGCAAUAUCCACUAUAUCCAUUUGUUUUUUUUAAUGGAAACAGCAGUUGAUAAAAAUCUGAUUGCAAAAUCUGCAUUUUUCUAGUCAUUCCAUUCCACUUCUUCUUGCCCAUCUGUGACAAUCUGACUUGCUCAUUACCACGGGAAUGUGCCUUUUGCAAGCUUUGAGAUUCUCUCUUGGGCAACAGGCCUCAUUCUUGCUAUUUGAAGCAGUGCGAAAAUGCAUGAUACAGCAGGUAUAUUUAAAACUCCUCGAAGUACUAAAUGUAUAUCAGCUGAACAGCUGAUUACUAACUGUUUUAAGCAAAUGGAGUAGAAUCUGCGACCUUUCGCACAUCUAUUAAAUAAUGCUGCAGUAUCUGGUCAAUGGGGUGUUUCUAAACUUUGUCUCUUGACAUGGUCAGGAAACUGAAAAUAUUUGAGAUUUCUUGCAAACCGGAAGCUUCCCAGGCUGUGCUGCUACUCAGGAAAACAAGCGAGGAUCCAUUAAGGGACUAUGUUUGGCAUCCUGAAAGCCCAAAAUCUACAACAUGGGAGCCUACAAAUUUGGAAAAUCAGGAAAGUCUGGCUGCAGUGCCCUAAAAAUUGUGAACUCAGGAAGCAUGAGGUAUCCAAACAUAAGGCAGCCUACUGAGGAGCCAGGCGUGGUUCUGUGAGAUAAAAUGAGUGGCUUGUUGAAUGGACACUUUUCAUUUAAACAUUAUUUUGCUCUGAAAUUUUCAAUCAACUCUAGCAUUAGCUUAUCAUGGUAUUUUGGACUUUGGACUUUGAACUCACUCCCAAAGUGCCUCUUCUGCAGACUCUUGCUUUGCCAUGUGUUGUCACAAGUGGUCCAUACAGAAGAUGCUAUUUCCAUCACUAAAUUCCCUUAGAAACUGUGGACAUACAUCACUGGGUUAAAACAAACAUCCUUCCCAGCCUGCGACUAGGGAAAUGCAUAUAUUCACAAAACUAUUAGGAAAACAUGGUGAAGAAGACUUCCAGGCUUUGGUAUAAGUAAGAGUGUCCCAAGGUGUGAAGAACCUUGGCUGUCAGAUUGGUGAGAAAAUUCCCAGGGCAGAGAGGUUGGUGAGGAGGGCCCUGGUGAUGUUGGAAGACCCAGCUUCUUCCCUAUAUGCAUUAGUGAUAUGCUUAGACAAUCCAUGAUGUGAAGAUCCAUGAUGUGAAGAGACAUCUGGCUUUCUCAGUAUCCCAGUUCUGAAACCUGACCAGGAACUGAUGACAGGAAACAAUAUCUUACCUACCUGUGGAAGGAAAAAAAAUAGAGGCAAGUGGAUAUAUCAACCUAUCUGGAAGUAGUUUGGUAUUUCUAGAUCACAGUCCAUUGUUUUGUGUGCGUUACGGUUAAAAAAAAAAAAAA